GGAACGUGACGUCACACCGGGGGUUACCAGCAACGAGUUUGGAGAAAGAGACAAGCUGGGGGAAACUCAGUUUGGAAGAAAAUGCGGGAAAAGAAACGGUCUGGAGAGGAGUUUUCCCAACACGAGGCAGCCUUAUCACACAGGGGCAGAUGUAAUAUGAUGAUUUGAUAGGCGGAAAAUUCCUGACGCAGAAGCAGAGCUGAUAACGGGGAGCGCACUGACCGCGGUGUCUCAGACUACACUGGUGCUACACAAGGACUGAUGAGAAAUUGUGGGAAAUAUGAACGUGUUAAACCUGUGACUGCAAUCCAAUUUUUUUUUUUUUUUUUUUUUUGCACAGUGAAGCGUGAGAGCCAUGAAGAAGCCUGAAGUGUAGCACGCAGUGAAUGCAUCCUUGACGGAUAACUGCAAGCAUGGAACAGAAAAAACAAUGCAGAGCCCAAAAUGCCUCCCUCAGGACUCACCAAACAUCUCCUCAGUGAACAAUGGCCAGGUGGAGCUCUUUUGCAUUCAGAUAUGGCUUUGACGUGGGCAGUUACUUCCAUGACCUUCGACCCCUGGGAACAGGUGUGUCCGGCCUGGUGUUGUCUGCUGUCGACAGACGGAGCGGGCAACGGGUGGCAAUUAAGAAGCUGGUACUGUGCGACACUGUGAGCAUUAAACAUGCAUUGCGUGAAGUAAAAAUCACAUGUCGGCUUCAGCAUGAGAACAUUGUAAGAGUUUAUGAAGCACUGGGCCCAUGUGGCCAGUCCUUACCUCAAAACCUUGCCCAACUCACAGAGAUCUAUAUUGUGCAAGAGCUUAUGGAGACAGAUCUGGCCCAGAUAUUGGAGCAAGGUCCAUUAUCAGUGGCCCAUGCGACUUUGCUUUUCUACCAGCUUCUGCGAGCCCUCAAGUUCAUCCACUCAGCCAAUGUGCUGCACCGUGAUCUGAAGCCAGCCAACAUCUUCAUCAACACCGAGCAGAUGCUGCUAAAGAUAGGAGACUUUGGAUUGGCACGUAUUGUUGACCCACACUAUUCACACAAGGGCUACCUCUCAGAGGGGAUGGUGACAAAGUGGUAUCGCUCCCCUCGUCUGCUGCUCUCUCCCAACAACUACACCAAGGCCAUCGACAUGUGGGCCGCAGGCUGCAUCCUGGCUGAGAUGCUAACAGGCCGAAUGCUUUUCGCAGGGGCACAUGAGCUGGAGCAGAUGCAGCUAAUUCUGGACACUGUGCCAGUGAUCAGAGAGGAGGACCGACAGGAGCUGCUGAGGGUCAUGCCCUCCUAUGUCAACCACAACUGGGAGGUCAGGAGAUCACUGCGAGAGCUACUGCCGGAGGUGGAUGAUGAAGCCAUAGACUUUCUGGAGCAGAUUUUAACCUUUAACCCAGUGGACCGCCUGACGGCAGAAGCAGCUCUUUGUCACUCAUUCCUCAGUCAAUAUUCCUGCCCUCAGGAUGAGCCUGUGUCACUCCAGCCUUUCCGUAUAGAGGACGAGCUAGAGGACAGUUUAGUGAGCAAACAUGGCCACUGGGACAGUCUUUCAUCAGAUCUGUGCUGGAAGCAGCAGGAGCAGUGCGGUUACAUACAGAGUGUAUCGGAAAUGACGGAGACCGAAGAGGAUGAGGUCCAGAGAGAUCCCCGUGCGAAUUCCUCCUCCCUCAUUGAGGAAGCCCUGGUGGACCCUGGUAAGCAUUCACACAGCAGCUCGGCCGAGCGCUUUCUCGAGCACUCUCACUCAUCUUUAGACAGGCUCUGCAGCCACUAUAUGGAGCUGGACUGCGGACACUCCUGUGACUACAAAGUGGGUUCUCCUUCAUAUUUGGAUAAAAUAGCAUGGAGGGAUGGAAAGCCCCAACACUAUUCUGAGCCAAAGCUGAUUCUGGACUUGUCUCAUUGGAAGCGCAACACUCUCCCAUCUCCUGAAAAAGGGGAUUCUAAGCAGAUUGAUGCAGAAGAACCUGGUGAUCUGUUCCAGGAGAUUUCACGCUGGGCAGCCAGCACACAACUAGGUCUUCAUUCUCCCGGAUCACCUCAGGAACCUCCGACCUCACCAGGGUCUCCACCGUUACCUAUUUCUCCUACUCUGCUUCCUUAUUCAUUCACACAAACGCAGACACCUUCUCUACUCUACACUUCCGACCUUCUUCAGCAUGGCAGGAGAAGUCCAGCUUGUUACUUUUCCUCUCCUACCCAUCUGUUGCCUUCUUCUCCCUCUUCACCUACUCCAGGUUUAUUAACUCCUUUUCAAACAAACAGUGAAGACUCGCCAAUAGCUAGCGGAGAGGAAUAUUCUCACUUUGAUCUGGAUGUGUUCAUAUCACAGGUAAAAAGUGAAAACAGUGUUACUUCUAAGCAGGGUAGCAUUAGCAGUAACUCUAGGAUCUCAGAGCACAAACCUUCAAGGACACAAAGAUCAAUGCCAGAUGUGGUUGAAUCGCAAAGUUUUCCCAAAGAACAGUGGUAGAAUGAGUGGAUAGUUGAGAAGACCACCCUAGAACUGAGUGACUGAAUAUCUAACACAUUAGUGCUGUGCUUGCCCUGUUGCGUAGUUUCAUUCAUGUUUGACUUAUAACACAUAAAAUAUUUUGUGUCUGUUUGAAUUUCUAAUGGCUCCUAAAAUGUGGUUAUACCUCAGAGGAAAAAUUGAGAAAAACUGGCUCCCUCAUUGUUUUCCCUUGGACGAAGCAGACACAGAAUCCGUGCAAGGGCAUACUACAGACCUUCAAAGAAUUUUAAUGUGAAGCCUAAAAGCAUCAACCUACUGUAACACCCCAUAAGUAAUAAUAAGAAACACUGAACAAGAGUGUUAGUGCACAUUUCGGAGCCUUUUAUGCAGAAAUUCAUGAUUCCAAAGGGUGCACAAACUUUUCUGGAUAACAGAAAUAUUGCUGAAUGUAGUUUUACAGUUCUUCCAACAUUAUUUAAAUAGACUGUUUUUAAAAUGACAAUUCAUGCACUCUGCACAUGAGCUGCUUUUUAUACCACUGUAUUAUCCACCUUUGCAAUAGUAGACAGUAAUGAUUUGCUUGAUUACUGUUUCCAAAGCUUUCACCUAAUAAACC